AUGGUAAUCAAUAAAUUUCCGUAUCUAUUAGCAACGAUACUAUCAAGAGCGAAGCCAGCUGCUUCUGAAGGAGUGAGAAAGUCCGCAUCAGACAAAAGAACACCAAAAUUAGAGGAAUUUUUGGAGAAGCGCGAUUACACCGGCGCUUUGACACUUUUGGAGUUCAACAAUGCCUCAGAAACUACUGUAAAUUCCGAAUUAUGGAUGGGCUACUGCGCUUUUCACUUAGGAGACUACAAACGUGCAUCAAAAAUUUACGAGAAUUUAAAAAGGAAAGAUCAAGCACCGGCGGAUACGUCGACGAACUUAGCAUGUUGUUAUUUCUACCUUGGCAUGUACCCUGAGUCUCAACAAAUUCUCGAAGAUGCUCCACACAGUAAAUUGAAGAACAGAUUGUUGUUUCACUUAGCGCACAAGAUGGGAAAUGAAGCUAAAUUGAUGGAAUACCAUCAUAUGUUGGAGGAUAUGAUCGAAGAUCAACUUAGUUUGGCUUCUAUUCAUUACUUACGGGCUCAUUAUCAAGAGGCUAUCGAUGUUUAUAAAAAGAUCCUACUGGAGAACAGAGAUUACUUCGCGCUAAAUGUAUACGUUGCCUUGUGCUACUACAAAUUGGAUUACUAUGAUGUGGCGCAAGAAGUUCUUCAGGUUUAUCUACAAAAGUAUCCUGAUAGUGCGAUCGCCAUAAACUUAAAAGCCUGCAAUCAUUUCCGCCUGUACAAUGGUAACGCCGCGCAAAAUGAGAUGAAGCAGCUGAUAGAUAAGAUGUCCAACUCUCUCAGCUUCAGUCACGAUCUCAUACGUCACAACACAGUCGUACGUAACGUUAGAAAAUAUUCGAACCAUUUUAUACAUCACAAUACAAUCGUAUUUAAGGGCGGAGAAGGUGCGUUGCAAAUUUUGCCGAAUUUAGUGGACGUUAUACCGGAAGCCAGACUGAAUCUGGUAAUUUAUUACUUGAGACAAGACAACGUGCAAGAAGCGUUCGAAUUAAUCAAAGAUCUUGAACCAGCUGUCCCACAGGAGUACAUCUUGAAAGGGAUAGUCAACGCGGUAAUGGGUCAGGAAACGAAUUCCCGCGAUAACGUAAAGACGGCGCAACAAUACUUUCAAUUAGUGGGCUCUUCGGCGUCAGAAUGCGAUACCAUACCUGGCAGACAAUGCAUGGCCUCCUGUUUCUUCCUCUAUCGUCAGUUCGAGGAAGUCCUGGUGUAUUUGAAUUCGAUAAAAACUUACUUCUCCAACGAAGACAACUUCAACUUCAAUUACGCUCAGGCACAGGCCGCGGCGGGUUAUUUCAAAGAGGCGGAAGAGGCGUUUUUAAACAUAAGAAAUGAGAAAUACAAGAAUGAUUACAUUUAUAUCAGCCUAUUGGCGCACUGCUACAUAAUGAACAAGAAACCUCAGUUAGCCUGGGACUUGUAUCUAAAAAUGGACACGACGACGGAGUCGUUUAAUUUGCUUCAAUUGAUCGCGAAUGAUUGUUACAAAGUCGGUGAAUUUUGGUAUGCGGCAAAAGCGUUCGACAUGUUGGAACGAAUGGAUCCAAGUCCAGAAAAUUGGGAAGGGAAACGUGGUGCUUGUUGCGGCACUUUUCAAUAUAUUGUAGCUGAAAGGCAACCAAAAGAGCUCUUACCUGAGGUCGUACAGGUUUUGAAGAAUACCUCGAACUCACAAGUGGAACAGAUCAUUCGAGUGAUGCGUAAAUGGGGUAAAGAUAACAGAAUUAAUUGUUGAUGAUAGGAAUCGAGUGGACAGUGACUGAUCGUUAUCGUUAAGCCUGAAACGUUAAGCCUUAUCUGAAACACGUUGAACAGCUAUGGAAUGUUAAUGCAUCUUGUAACAUGCCUGUGUAAACUAUGUAUAUGCUAAUUCAAGACCACAGGCAAAAGAUACCACGGUGUUGAUGAUUUAAUAUAAAAUAGAUAUAUUUAAA